GAAAGGGCGCUGGAGGAGGAGUGGAGACUCGAGGAAGACACGGCUCUGGAGACGGUUCGUGCAGAGGCAGCAGAGGAGACGCGCAGACAGCAGGAAAGGGCGCUGGAGGAGGAGUGGAGACUCGAGGAAGACACGGCUCUGGAGAAGGUUCGUGCAGAGGCAGCAGAGGAGACGCGCAGACAGCAGGAAAGGGCGCUGGAGGAGGAGUGGAGACUCGAGGCAGCAGAAGAGACGCGCAGACUGCAGGAAAGGGCACAACUGGAGGAGGAGUGGAGACGCGAGGAAGACACGGCUCUGGAGAAGGUUGGUGCAGAGGGUAUCUUGAAUGUCCAAGCCAUCACGGAUCUCCUGGGCCGCUUGCCGGGCCAUCUGCGGCAGGAGGCGAGGUGUGAUCUGCGGAGACGCUUGGAGCCCGAGCUUGUGGCUUGGCAGGAGCACUGGGACGCCGACGACAGGGCUUUGGAACCUGAGGAUCCUCCUCUUCCCACUCUCCUGCAGUACAAGGUUGUGCAAGAGAGGCUGCACCGUCUCAACAGCGGCAAGGAAGCUGAGUCCACAAUUGGCUCACCUUGGACGGAGGUGCCGGAGGAGACGGAGCAGCUCCUCCAGACGCUGUCGGAAAGGCUGGAUGGUGCCGAGCAGGCAACUUCGUCACCUUCUUGGCCCGAGGAUCAAGAGGACGUCUUUGUUUCGCAAAGAAGGUGUCAGCAUGACUUGAUCAAUGGGUACUUGCAGCUAGGCAGACUCUUCCAAUGCGUCUGGUGCUGCUACAGCACCCCAUGCUACCUUUCAGCUGAAACGCUGGCGAUGCACUGUGAGAUGGAGGCAGGUCUGCCCGUGCUCUUUGCUGCGUGUGACUGCACUGUGACUUUAUUAUCAGUUUCUAAUGCGGUGCCAGAUCCAAGAUCCAAGAUUGCCGCGGAGAAGUUUGGAGGCGAGCAGCAGCCAACUUUCUACAAGGAUAUUUUCCAUGAUGCGCAGGCGAUUUGGUCUGCUGCCAAAGAGAGCUUGCUGAAGGAGUGGCAUGGAGUGACCGCCGUCCGGCAGGCUGCGAACGACGGCAGAUUGGAGGAGGUGCCCAUGUGCAUGACAAUGCCUGUGCACCCUUGCCCAGAGCUUGUGGAUGAGAACCUCUCCCUUUGCCCUACCAUCACGCAGCUCUUUCGCCGUGUAGAAGCAGCUGAUGGACUCCUUCCUCACAUCGGCUAUGCAUUGAGGGCACUGCCACCCUUGCAAGAUCGGCAGGAAAACGUCUGGCUCGAUGAAUGA